AAGAAUUAAAAAGUAAAAUAAACUCUCAUAGUUUAUACACAUUUGCUUGGCCAGUGAGGCCGGCUAGCAAAGCCAGAAAAAGCAAAAAUGGAGAUCAAAGAAAUGGAAGAGACAAACACUAAGGAAUCUUCACCGGGACCGAACCCUAACCCGAUUCCGAACGUAUCUCCGAGCACAAAAGCGAAGACAGUGAGAACAAAAGUGCCGGAGAUAGAGAUUCAUGUAUACAGACAAGGGAAAGGACCGAUAGAGGUGUUCAAGUCAAGCUUAGGUGGGUGGGACCAGGAUCAGUUAGAGGUACGAGAAAUUCUAGAAAAAUACGGGUUCAAAUCGGUUUACGCUUUUAGUCCCGGUGGCUCAGGUCGGGGCGCCCCGAUUCGGUUUAAUCCCAGGAAUGGAAGGUCUUUGCUUGGGUAUAGAGAUGGAUCCGUUAUUUAUAUCGAUGGAGAACCUAAGGACUCCUUGAUCAAACCUGUGACCAAGAUCUUGUUUGGGGUAGCAGUUAUAACCUUUUUUAUAACAAUGGUAUUGAAAGAACCUCCACAGUGGAUCAAAAACUCAAACCUUUUUGGUGGAAGCUUCCCCCCUUGGAUCCUUGCUUGUGCAGUUAUUGUCUUUACCCGCAUGAGGAAGAGAACAAGGGACUUCUUAAAGAAGCAUGGCUGGUAAAUACACGCCUUUAUGUUUCUUUUUUUCCCUCGUUUCUCUCUCUCGCUCUCUUUCCUUCGAAGUGAUGCAAUGAAGGUGGAAGUGCCUUCUUUUUGGCUGUUUAGAAAUUUUGUGUAAAGCAAAACAAUAUUAACUAGGCAAUUAUUUAUCUGUUUGGCUUGAUUGGGUUUUGAUUGAAGACUUAAUUGUAUCAUCAAUAGACCAAUGAAAAAUGAGAUUGAAAUAUACUUUGCCACAA